AUGGCAAAGCGCACCUUCUCUACCCUGGAAGCAUUCCUCAUUUUCCUUCUGGUAAUAAUGACAGUCAUCACAGUGGCCUUACUCACCCUCUUGUUCGUUACUAGUGGAACCAUCGAAAACCACAAAGAUUCAGGAAAUCACUGGUUUUCAAGCACCCAGGACCCUACGGCCACCACCCAAUCUUCUACAAUUACACAUACUCCAGACCGUCCUCUAUUUCAGAACUUCAGUGGCUACUACAUUGGUGCUGGGCGAGCUGAUUGCACAGGACAAGUAUCAGAUAUCAAUUUGAUGGGCUAUGGCAAAAGUGACCAGAAUGCACAAGGUCUCCUCACCAGGCUGUAUAGCCGUGCUUUCAUCAUGGUGGACUCAGAUGGGUCAAAUCGAGUGGCAUUUGUGACCGUGGAAAUAUGCAUGAUUUCCCAACGACUCAGACUGGAGGUCCUGAAGAGACUACAGAGUAAAUAUGGCUCCCUGUAUCGAAGAGACAACGUUAUCCUGAGUGGCGUUCACACCCACUCAGCUCCAUCAGGGUAUUUCCAAGAUACAUUCUUUGUACUUGCCAGCCAUGGAUUCAGCAAUCGAACCUUUCAGUACAUGGCCUCUGGGAUCGUGAAGAGCAUCGAGAUAGCACACGAAAAUCUUAAACCAGGCAAAGUCCUUUUCAACAAAGGAAAUGUUGCUAAUGUGCAGAUCAACCGAAGCCCCACUUCUUACCUUAAGAACCCACAGUCUGAGAGAGCAAGGUAUUCUUCAAACACAGACAGGGAAAUGCUAAUCUUGAAACUGGUGGAUUUGAAUGGAGAAGACUUGGGUCUUAUCAGCUGGUUUGCCAUCCACCCUGUCAGCAUGAACAACACCAACCACCUUGUAAAUAGCGACAACAUGGGCUAUGCCGCUUACCUUUUUGAGCAAGAGAAGAACAAAGGGUAUCUACCUGGGCAGGGACCAUUCGUAGCAGGCUUUGCUUCAUCAAACCUUGGAGAUGUGUCACCCAACAUUCUUGGACCACAUUGCAACAAUACAGGAGAGUCUUGUGACAAUGAGAAAAGCACCUGUCCCAUCGGUGGGCCUAGCAUGUGCAUCGCCAGAGGACCGGGAAAAGAUAUGAUUGAUAGCACACAAAUUAUAGGCCGGAUCAUCUAUGAGAGAGCCAAGGAGCUGUAUGCCUCUGCCUCCCAGGAAGUGACUGGACCAGUGUUUUCAGCUCACCAAUGGGUGAACAUAACAGAUGUGAGCGUCCAGCUCAAUGCAACGCACACAGUGAAGAUGUGUAAACCCGCCCUGGGCUACAGUUUUGCAGCGGGCACCAUUGAUGGAGUUUCAGGCCUCAGUAUCACACAGGGAACAACCGAAGGGGAUCAGUUUUGGGAUGGUCUUCGGGAUAAGCUCUUUGGCAAACCAUCUGAAGAAAUCACAGAGUGCCAUAAACCUAAACCAAUCCUGCUUCAUACUGGAGAGAUAACAAAACCUCAUCCUUGGCAUCCAGAUACUGUUGAUGUUCAGAUUGUUACUAUUGGGCCAGUUGCCAUAGCUGCUGUCCCUGGGGAAUUUACAACCAUGUCAGGAAGAAGAUUUCGAGAGGCAGUUAAAAAAGAAUUUGCAUCUUAUGGAAUGAAGGAUAUGACUAUUAUUAUUUCAGGUCUAAGUAAUGUUUAUACACAUUACAUUGCCACAUAUGAAGAAUACCAGGCUCAGCGAUACGAGGCAGCAUCUACGAUUUAUGGACCACACACUCUGUCUGCAUAUGUGCAGCUCUUCAGAGGCCUUGCUAGGGCAAUUGCUACGGACACAGUAGCCAACAUGAGCAGUGGUACUGAGCCUCCAUUCUUUGAAAACCUGCUACCUUCAAUUAUUCCUAAUCUUUUCGACAGACUGCCAGUAGGCAAGCAUUUUGGGGAUGUCCUGCAGCCACCAAAAACUGCAUACAAAGUGGGAGAAGUGGUUGAAGUUAUAUUUGUAGGCGCUAACCCAAAGAAUUCAGCAGAAAACCGGACCCACCCGACCUUCCUCACUGUGGAGAAAUAUGAGGACUCUAUAGCUGACUGGCAGAUCAUGUAUAAUGAUGCCUCCUGGGAGACAAGGUUUUAUUGGCACAAGGGAAUACUGGGUCUGAGCAAAUCAGAAAUACAUUGGCAUAUUCCACAUACUGCCCAACCUGGAAUCUACAGAAUAAGAUAUUUUGGACACAUUCGGAAGCAAAAACUUCUGAAGUCUGUUAUACUGGCAUUUGAAGGUGUUUCUUCUUCUUUCGAAGUUGUAACUACUCAGUGAAAAGUUGACAAAUAUUGAAGAACAGUUUUUCUCUGUAUACAUUAUAGAGUGCUUUCACACAAAUGUGAACUACCAGCUUGAUUUUUGUAAUUGUCCCUGUUUGGGAAAUGGAUACUUUAUUGCUAAUGGAACAGAGGUAUGUGUUUGUGUGUUUGUAUGAUUAUGCACAUG